UACUUAUUAAUUCAUUCUCCAGGUAGAAAGGGGUAGAAACUUUAUCUACCUGGCUAAAAACCACGCUUUAAAUCGGGGGAAAUUAGCUAUUGAACAUAUUUUAAUCCGACUCGUCGUGAAGAGAGAAUGUGUUUUAACCAAUCGUUAAUUCUUUUGUGUUUAUCGAAAUAUUAAAAGGAUUUAAUUUUGUCAAUUGUUACAGAGAGAUAUUUAUUUAGAAUUUACACCUGUCAAUACGUGGUGUGUCUUUUUGAUUUUUUGUGGAUUAAUGAUUUUAUCUGUGUUUUUCUGUGUGUUGUCUUUAAAUUAUGGAGUGACUUUAUAUUUGUGUAAAUGUGGAUGAAUAUGUGAUCAUUUUCCCACUAAAUAUUCAUUUGAUUACAAGGAUUUAUUAUUUUUAUUUCAACAAAAAUGCCAUCUAAAAAUGGGAUUAAUCGGUUGUAUCAUAGUAAUGUCAAUCUGCCGCGUUCUGUAACGCAAUAUGAAAUCACGAAAAAUCUCGGAAAAUCUCUCGAACAUCUACCGAAAUUCAAAACAAUAAUUGAUGAGAAGAAAAAAUCUCUUGCUUCCGAAGAAAAGGGAGAACGGCUGUCUUUAUUAUUACCACAGAUAGAGCCGGAUUGUGAUUUAGAUUUAAGCGUUAACAUCAGAGAUGCUAGCGCCAGUUACAUUUCCACGCCUGAAAAUAGAGAAAACCGCGCGCGUAGUUCAGAUAAAAACAAUGAUGAGGCAUUGGAUUAUCUUACAAAUUAUGACGAUGAUAAUGACACUGCAAAAUCAAAACUUCAUAAAUUAGGCAUAUAUGAAAUGGAACAUAAUUGGAUUUUACAUGAAACAUUAGAGAAAAAUUUAGAAGAUUUUAAGAAAAAAGGAAAAAAGUUAGAAAUCCCUGAACCCGACUAUGAAUCAAAGGCUCCAGUUACAGAUAGAUUGAAGGAAAUAAAGUCCAUGUUAAAACCUCGGGCAGAAUUAGGGGAUUUUAUGAGUAAAAUGGACCCUGUGCAGAGAGAGAAAAUAUCGAGAAUUGCCCAUAUGGAUGCCGAGACGUUGAAGCAGUUUAAAUCAUCACAAGGACCACGGGAUACCAAAUCAAAGAUACAAGAUGCAGUUAGAUUUAUAAUCAAGAUAAUACAGGCUUGUAAUUCAAGAAAGAAAUACUACAAAGCAGAUAAACCAAACACGGCUGCGACGUUAAAACGCAUGAAAAAGUCCAUAGACAAGGAAGACGCGGAUAACUACGCUCGAUCUAGUAUUGGAUUUGACGUCCGCCUCUCUUUAAUAGCAUCACCUGAAUUUAGAACAGUGACAGAUCUAAAACGAAUUGCCUGGGUUUUAAGAGCCACGAAAGCAUUUAAAAAUUUAUUUCCAAUAGAAGUAGAAACAGAGCUGGCUCGAGUUGUGGCAUAUGAAAGAUACGACGCUAAUAGGGUAAUAUCGUAUCAAGGAAGAGACCCCGAAAGGUUUUACUAUAUCUUAACGGGGAAAAUUCAAAAAGUGAAAGAAUAUCGGUUGACUUCCGGUAUAGUUUCCAGGAAUGAAGGCUUCAUAGAGAAGGGAACAACAACAGAUGUUGAUGACCUGGAAGGAAAUUGGCCACGUGAUCACCAUCUUGUUUCCAGUGGACAAGUUGAAGUUCUUAUUAUACAUAGAGACGAUUUUCUGAGGCUCCGGAACAGAACACAAGGUCCACCCAUAGAAUUUUUAAGAUCUUUAGAUUUAUUUAUGGAGUUUCCCGUAGAAGUUUUUAUCAAUAAUCAAGAUGCCAUAGAUCUACGUUAUUACGGUCAGAAUAUAGUUAUAUGUGACGAUUCCAACAGAACCCCUUGGAUAUAUAUAGUGAAAUCGGGGAAAGUUAAAGUAGUAAGAAUACAGACUGUCGUAAACACAGAACAAGACAACAAAUUGUUACGUGGGACAACAGAGGAAUUAGGUUGUGUACGGUCAUCUAGUCAUGCCGAUGCCAUGUUUGGGAACCUGAAUAAACAACGAAAACUGAAAGCUUUACGUAGUAAUACAUUUUCCUUGCCUGAGAUAAACGAUUCUACUGAACAGACAUUUCAAUUCUCAAGGAGCAAUUCCUUUGCUGAUGGCAUGAACAUGCUUGCUGGUAUUACGAAACGUCUGAAACCUGCUCAAACUCAAGAUAAGAAACCUGUUUCAGCAGACCCAAAGCUACUGAAGAAUAAAUUGUCAAAAUCAAAACGCAGUAAAAAACAAAAGUCUGCUAAAGUGACUGUUACCGAAGAAGAAAUGAAGCCAGAUACUGAAGUAAAAGAGAACCAACCAGCAGACGAUAAUCGGGUUUCAAAUCCAGUACAGGAAUACAGGAAAGAAAAAAUGUUUCCUCCCAUUAUAAUAGAAUCACCUACUAAUACUCAAGUGGUUAAACUAGACAUUAAGGACGAUUCUUUUAAACCUCAUGGAACAUAUCUUACACGAGAAAAGACAGAAUUUGAUUCUGUUUAUUCCAAAAGACAGAAAAGAGAUACACAGUCCAGGAAGGCGUACCUACAGUUAGAUUUAUUACGGAGCGGAGAUAUAUUUGGUUUAGAUGCUGUAGCGAGACGGUUCCAAGGACUACCAGAAGUACCGGUUGAAGAGGGUUUGGAACAUUUAUAUCCUACAAUGGCAUCAGAACCUAAAGGCGUUUCGUUGGUUAGUGACGGUGCAGAAGUUAUUAGAAUCAGUAAACGAUUUUUCUUAUUACAUGCCAAAAAUAAUACAAUGCUGAGAGUGGAAACUAUGCAUCGAGAGUACAUGAACCCAGAGGAAGCAAGAGACAGUCUAUAUACCGCGGAAACAUGGAACCAGUACAAAUCUGAAAUUAUGAAACGUAUGGUCAGUGCCUUGUCCUCUAGAGGAUGACAGAUGACCUCUAACGCUGCAUUAUUAUUGAAACAACUUGACUGAAUCCAAUGAAUUUAUGUUUUAUUUGAAUAGCAUUCCUUUGUUCAAGACUUAUACUUUUAAUGGUGGGUAAUCCAAAUUCACUUUUGGCGAAAUAUCAAAGUAAUUAUAAAGAUUACAAGGAUAAAAUGGAAUUCAAUUUAAAGUCAUCAUUAUUUAACACGUUUAAAAUCGGAAAAGAAAGGUUUGAUUACCGCUAUUAAAAAAAAUAUGAGGUACCACAACAUUAUUAAUUGAGUUUAGUUUUAUAUUUCAAAACUUUUAUCCUGUGAAUUACAAAUUUCAUUUCUCGAACUGACACCCAUAUAUACAAGUAAAUUGGACUUUAUUUUUUAAAGUUUCUGUAUAAUAGAAUGAUAAAAAUACUUUUGAUCAACUGAUAUAAAUGUUUCCGUAUAAUUGAAUGAUAAAAGUAAAUAUAAAUGUUUCCGUAUAAUUGAAUGAUAAAAGUACUAUUGUUCAAAUAAUAUAAGUGGAGUGCUCAUACAUGUUGAACACCAGUGCUAAAACAGAUGGAUUUUUAGACAACCAUUUAAACUGAUCAUGUUAAAAUUAUUGAAUGCAUUUGUAUACUUAAAAAGGUGCUGAAUUGUGUAGCAGUUAUAGAAAUGAUGGUUAAGUUUUUCAUUUAUAGUCGCUCAAUUGUUCAAUUAUAUUUGAAAAUUAAAGAAAAUGAAGACAUUUAA